UUGUGUAAUUUGGGCCACAGUGCUUUCGGGUUUCAAAGAGACAAUCAUUCUGUUCUGCUCUUCUUCUCUGCGAUUUACGAACUUUGCUUCCACUAAGCCACCGUUCGCCGCCGAUGGGUUUCUCAAAGGAACAGCUUCUUCAGAAGUUACAGGAGCUUAAGAUUGAAUUUACCAAGUAUGAGCAUCCAGUUGUUUUGACUGUUGAGGCUCAGGCAAAGCAUAUUGGAGAUUUGGGUGGUGGACCUGGUGGUAUUAGUAAAAAUUUAUUUUUGAAGGACAAGAAAAACAGGUUUUAUAUUGUUUCUGCUUUAGCUGAUACCAAAGUAGACCUGAAAGUGUUAUCUCAGCGGCUUGGUUUGGGAAAAGGUGGUCUCAGAAUGGCACCCGAAGAGGCUUUAGGUGAAUUACUUCAGGUACCAUUGGGGUGCGUCACACCGUUUGCAGUGGUGAAUGAAUCAGCAAAAGAUGUUUCGCUGCUAUUAGAUCAAGGAUUCAAGACACAGAAGCAUUGUUUCUUCCAUCCAUUGUCAAACGACACCUCCAUAUCUCUAAAUGUCAGUGGUCUUGACACAUUUCUUACAUCAAUAGGCAGAGUUCCCGCGUACGUUGAUUUGGAGGCUAAUCCUGCAGUGGGAAAAGAUCAACCUCCUGAUCUAGCCGCACUUGUACCAUCCAGUGCAAUAAUUUUGCCUGAUCAUCCAGGAAAGCAAUCAUCUGCAGAAGCUGCACUUCCUAAGGAAGGAAACCUUGUUUCUGUGGAUAUUAAGUCCAAGGCCGUUCCAGCCAAAGUUGUCAAGCAAUCCGUUGUUGUGAGCAAUUCAAAGGGAACACCGGAAAAAAAUGUUCAGCCAUCAAGAUCCUUUGCAGAUGUUGGGAAAUUAGUUGAAGAAAUAUUGAAUAAAACAUCAAAAUUAUUGGUUUCAGAGAUCAAUGAAGAAACUAUAAAGACACACGGAGAGCAGCUGGGUACUACGUUAUCUGACAAAUUACAGAAAAACCUCAGCUCAGAUUUUAAAAAUCUCGCUAUGAUAUUUAAGAACACUGCAUAUACAGAAGGGUUCCAUGCCGGUAAUCGCCAGCAACCCAGGUGAUAUUGAAGUUUGCGUACGUGAAAGAGGGAUUGAAAUUUUAACUAUUAUCUGUUCAGUGUUUCUAUUGUGACAUGCUUAAUUGAAUAUUUAUGUGAAAUUGUUUGAUAAUUCAGAUUAUUAUUUGUUUCAA